UUAAAAUACAAAUAAUAAAAGAUAAACUGCAAUAAGAUCUAAGUAAACCAUGCUACCAUACCGGAAUUAUGGAGAAACUAUUGAUGAAUAUGAAGUACAGCACCUGCUGGGAAAGGGUGGCUUCGCUUGUGUUUACAAAGCAAAAUGCCUGCGCACACAUCAGGAAGUUGCUAUAAAAAUGAUUGAUAAAAAGUUAAUACAGGGCUCUGGACUGACGAAUCGGGUGCGGCAGGAAGUGGAUAUACAUUCACGAUUGAAACAUCCUUCUGUGCUGCAGCUGUACACGUUCUUUCAAGAUGCAAGCUAUGUGUAUUUGGUAUUGGAAUUGGCUGACAACGGUGAACUUCAACGUUAUAUGAAUCAGCAAAUGAAGCGUCCUUUUACCGAGGACGAAACAUCCUCCAUUCUGCGUCAGGUGGUAGCUGGGCUGCUCUAUUUGCAUUCACACAACAUCAUGCAUCGCGACAUAUCGUUAUCUAAUCUCCUACUCAGUAAAGAUAUGCACAUUAAAAUAGCUGACUUUGGCCUAGCCACGCAACUGAAACGUCCCGACGAACGCCACAUGACUAUGUGCGGCACGCCAAACUAUAUUUCUCCAGAGGUAGUCUCACAUCUGUCGCACGGUCUGCCAGCCGAUCUGUGGAGCGUUGGCUGCAUGGUAUACACAUUGCUAGUGGGCCGCCCACCCUUUGACACGGACGCUGUGCAAUCAACGCUUAACAAGGUGGUGCACUCCGACUACACCAUGCCGAGCCACUUGUCCUAUGAGGCUCGCGAUUUAAUAGACAAGCUCUUGCGAAAAAACCCCAGUGAACGCAUCUCACUCGAACAAGUGCUACGGCAUCCAUUCAUGACACAGGCGGCUGGGAUCGCCAUCAGCUACUCCACAUCUGGUGCCUCGGAAGCUUAUAGCAUUGCCAGCGGUGACAGUGGAAUCAUUACCUUUGCUAGCAAUGAUUCAAAAAACUCGCAUCGUUUGCGUUCGAUGGAGCAGCAAUCUGCGGUGCAAAUGCUUCCACAGAUUCAGGAGGAAUAUGGUUAUUAUCAAGAGCAACGGCAACAGUAUGUACAACCAGUAGCACCAUUAAGGCAAUGUUCGUCUGAGACUGUGGAUACUGGCAUAGAUAUGGAUUGGCAGAUGGGUGGGUCACAGAAAGGUAAUUUUCUGGCGCAUUCCACUCCUGUGGUCGCAACAACACCAAUGGCACCACCUGCUACAGUAGCUGCUAGAGAAAGUAAGGAGAGCAUUUCUGUGCCUCCAUUAAGCACACUUAGACUACAGCCCACACGUUAUAAGACAAAAAAUGCCAUCAUGAGCAUUGUCGCGAAAGGUGAUGUUGUCGUAGAGUUCUUAAAAUCAAAAGGCAAAAUGAACGAAGAUCGCAUUUCUGAUAUUUGUCGCAUAACUAGUGAUGGACGUCAUAUAAGAAUUUAUCAACCUGAUCCUGGACGAAGUUUAGCAACUGGGGAAUGCGUUUAUAGCUAUGAUAACUUACCCAGCAAACACUGGAAGAAAUAUAUUUAUGCGGCGCGUUUUGUGAGUCUGGUGCGCAGUAAGACUCCUAAGGUGACGUACUUUAGCAAAUUGGCAAAGUGCCAUUUGAUGGAAAACAUGUCCGAUUUCGAAAUGAGCUACUACUCGGGCGCUAAGCUUUUAAAAUCUCCCAGCGAAGGUGUCAAAGUAUACAAUGCACAUGGCAUGCUUUACACAGAUCAAGCCUCUCCGGAAGCCAAGCGAUUAAUCGACCAUAGCAACGAGUGCUUCGCCCAUUGCCUUAGCAUAUCCAAUGCUCUGGAACUUGCACAAACUGGUGCAAACACUUGCUUUCCUGUUACCAUUGGACGCAGACCUGUUGCAGACGCGCCAACAGCACAGCGUUCCGAAGGGCUCAAAGACACUACAAAUUUUGCAUAUUCCACGCCUAAAUCCCAACAGGGAUCAUUCAAUUUCUCAAUCAGCACAAUUUCUUCUAUGCAAAGUAGUGCAGAUGCUUUGAGACCUCAACUUAUAGCUGCCCAACAAAACGUUCCCAUCAAGCGCUUAACCAUACCAGGUAUAGGCACAGCCACUGAGCUCUCCCAUGGAGUUGUACAAAUGCAAUUCCAUGAUGGAGCAGUGAUCUCAGUAAUACCAGAAGCACAAGGUGGUGGUAUAACAUACACACAACCCAGCGGUGUCUCUACUCAUUUUCCUGAUCAUGACGACCUGCCAUUGGCAGUUAGGGAUCGUCUCUCACAGUUGCCUCAAGUCCAGAUGAAACUGAAGUCUGCACCAUUGAUUGGCAACAAGAAAUUCGACUGCAACAUGAUGACACCCAAGACAACGUCUGGGCCUUGUUACAAUCGCAUGCUAAUAUAAUAAUAUAGGUAGUUGGUUUUGUUAAGAUAAAAGUUAAAUUAAUCUGUAUUAUACCGUGGUAGCUGCACUUUCUUU